CUCUGCGUGACACGGCACCGAGCUCCUGCCACUCCUGAAUGGACAGAGAGACCGAACUGUGAUCCGAGCGCACGCAGGGGGAGUGACGCGUCACCCGACCAGACUUGUCGAGGACGUCCCGGGACACGGCAGCUCCGAGUACUAUGAUGAUUAAACCAUAUAUGAGACAAGGUGAGGGAGAGGAGGUCGUCAGCCCUCUGCAGUGGACGGACGAAGACAUGAGCUCACCCGAUGGGGACACAUCGGUCUCACCGCAUCACUACUCAGCAGGUGGAACAAACCAACAGCUCAAGGAGAUGGGGAGUGAGGAUGCGGAGGAAGACGACGAUGAUGAUGAUGAAGAAGAAGAAGGACACGAGGAUGAAAGCAAGUCAAAACGACGAGGGCCCAAGAAAAAGCGGAUGACCAAAGCACGGCAGGAGCGUUUCCGUGCGAGGCGCGUGAAGGCCAAUGCCAGGGAGCGCUCACGUAUGCACGGUCUCAACGAUGCACUGGAGAACCUGCGCACCAUCAUGCCCUGUCACUCCAAAACCCAGAAGCUGUCCAAGAUUGAGACGUUGCGGCUGGCCCGCAACUACAUCUGUGCUCUGUCUGAGGCCCUGGAGGGGGGCCUGUCCACAGAGAGCAGGGCCUUCAUGGAGACACUGUGUAAGGGACUCUCGCAGCCAACCACCAACCUGGUGGCCGGCUGCUUGCAGCUGGGACCAGCUCCCAGCGCUGGGAUGAGGCCCGAAGACAGACACAGCGUUCGGGCACCGCCUACUUCUCUUGGUGCCGUGGUGAGCUACACCUCUCCAGGCCUGCCAAGUCCGCCGUACGGCACUUUUGACUCUGCUCACCUGCUUCACCUGAGGGCGAUGAAAGGAGGAGCGUACGAGAAUCACUCGCCGCACGAGUUCAAUGCUGGCGGAGUGGGGACCCCUCCGUACGACGGCCCUCCCACUCCACCUCUGAGCAUCAGCAGUAACCUAGUGCCCAAACAGGAGCCUUCACCCCAUUACCCACCCCCACACCACUACUCCCCUUCCCCUGUGGACCAGGGCCUGUAUCAGACUCAGAGCAGCUAUGACGUACACUUAGAGGGGCCAUAUGAUGCCUACCAUCCACCGCACAUGCCCCCCCGACAUAUAACCUCCAUCUACAGAGACUAAGAAGUAUUAGCAGAGCCGACUGUGCUUCAGCCAUCAAUACAGUCCAGUCUGUGAUCCUUCAUGAACACUGACUGAUGCUGACGUCUCUUGGACUUUAAGACUGCGGGGUCCAUCUUUCUCAGUAGGCAGACUGCUAGUUGAAGAACAGUAGAAUAAUAAGAUUUUUUAAUGUGUGGAGCACCAGUACUGCUGAGCGAGACCCAAGCCAAUACAUUUUCUGAAAAAUUGAUUACCAAAAAAAAAGACUCCACAAAUCCUAACAGGAAAUCCUGCUUUGGCCAUUUUGACCAGAUGCUCUGUCACUAUAAUGUUAGCACUUCCUAUUUAGCUUUGGUACCAUCAGAUAUUCUACAUAAAUUAAAAUAUUUUUUAUUUAUUCUCUAACUUAAUGCUGUUUAUAUGACUUUGUUCUUAUGUGCAGGUGUGUCUGGUUUUCCUCCUUCUUUCUUUGUUACUUAGGCGGAUAGUUUGUCUCUUAUACUAUACUUCUUUUGUGUCCGGUUUUCUUUGUUAGGUUUUUAUUUCAUGUUUUGCACUCCACUCACAGUCAGAGGUAGAUUUCCUAGCUGAUUUUUGGAGGCUGAAGAGAAAUGGGGAGUGAUGGAGAGAUAAGUAAAAAUAGCAUUCUCAGGUUAACAUUGUGAAAAUCAAUAUCUAAUUUCAAAUAGAUUUUUGCUUUGGAUACUGUGUAAUUGUCUUUGUCUUUUUCAUUUUUGUUUCUUUUGGAAAAUGUGUUGUCAAUUAAAAUAUUGAAAAUCA